AUGCACCUGCCCUGCCUCCCGCUGUCGCUCACGGCGCCCUCCUCCGCAACAGAUAAUAAUGUCGCCACCACGGCACCCAUCCCAGACGCAGAAGAGGACGGAGUAUGGGAAGAUGAGGACGACGACGACGACGACGACGACGACGACGACACGGCCUACAACGCCGAUCCACUCGUCACCGACUCGGACCUAAGCGACGAUGCAGACCAAGACGCAAACGACGCCGACGACGCCAGCCAGCAGCGCGCCGCCUACCGCGACGCCGUGCGCCAGUACAGAUCCAGCCGCAGAGCCCUACUCCUCUCGGGUCUCUCGUCCUAUGCCUCGUCGCCCUCGCCAGAACACCUCCGUCGCUCGGCACCCCAGCCCGCGCUUUCACCCCCUCGUUCUGAUCCUCACUCUCAUCCUCACCGCCCCAACCAUUCCGCAUCGCCUACGCCCCAGCCCGACUCCGUGGCACCAUCUCCCUCGUCCUCGUUCCUCGAAGACCGCUACGGCGACAGCGACCGGUACCUCUCGGCCUCGAAUGCAGAGUCGAUCGACGCCGCAGACCCGCCGGGCAGGGCCCACGACGCCGUGUACCGCGACGACCACGAUGAUCACGCCGCCGUCGCAUCUGCCACCGCGUCCUCAGGGUCGCCCUCGUCGAUUGUCGCAUCCCGCCGCGGUGACCUGUCGCCGUCGCCCCGGUCGCCGCACACUGACGUGGAUCCGCAUCGGGGGCCGCCCUCGUCCUCAUCUUGGGACCAGAGAGAGGCCUAUGCCUCGGAGCACUCGACGCCCACCCUCGACGAGGCCAGAUCCUCGACGCCGGAUAGCACCACGUUCCACGAGGCCGAGGCCGAGGCCGAGGCCGGGGUCGAUGCAGGCAGUCCCCUGCUCUCCCCCCGCUCAAACGCCCAAGCUGCCCUGUCGCCCGCCACUGAAAAACGCGGCAUCGGUGCCGGUGCCGGUGCUGUCGCCACGUUGGCGACGUCGAACGACGAAGACGACCGACCCCAUCACGAAUCGAGCGGCGACGGCGUGUCCCACAAAACAAGCCGGGGCACACUGUCCCACCCAGCGCAGUCGCAGCCGCAGCCGCAACCGCAGCCAAAGCGCCGCGAAAGCACCAGCGGCAUCCAGGCGCUCGGCAGGAGGAGCUCCGGCGUUGACGUAGCCGCCACCGCAGCAGCUGCCAGUGGCACCGGCUCAAGCGAGCAAAGCGUCACCGCGUCCGGCGCCGCCGCCGCCGCCGCUGCACCGGGUCAGCUGCAGCGUCCCGAAGAACCUUCGACAUCGGCAUCCUCGCCUGCGAUCACCGCCGCGGCCGAUGCUGCUGCUGCCGCCGCCGCCGCGCCUUUCAGCCUGUGGGACUACCUCCAAGAAGAGAUCCUCGCCACCGACUUUGACAGCACCCAGGAGAUGAAGUGGGAGAGGGUGACCAACUUUAUCGCCAUCCCCUUUUGGAUGGAAAAGAUCAUCAUGUUUGGCUUUGUCGUCUGCCUGGACUCGUUCCUGUACACGUUUACCAUCCUGCCGCUGCGGUUCGCCGUGGCGGCGUACAAGUGGGCGGCCAACACGGCGGGCUGGGCGGUGCUCGGGCGCGAGAAGCGGUACCUGCACUCGUCGCACAAGUGCGACCUGCUCAAGGCGCUGCUGCUGGUGCUCAGCUGCGUCAUCCUCUCGCGGCUGACGGACGCGAGCAAGAUGUACCACAGCGUGCGCGGCCAGGACGUCGUCAAGCUCUCGGUCAUCUUCAACGUGCUCGAGAUCGCCGACCGGCUGUGCUGCAGCUUCGGCCAGGACCUGCUCGACUCGCUCUUUUCGCGCAUCACGCUGGCGCGCCGCAAGAACGGGCGGCAGCCCUACCUGCGGCCGCUGGGCUUCUUCGUGCUGAGCCUCGGCUACGUCCUCGCCCACACCCUCGUCCUCUUCUACCAGCUCGUCACGCUCAACGUCGCCAUCAACAGCUACGACAACGCGCUCCUCACGCUCCUCCUCUCGAACCAGUUUGUCGAGAUCAAGGGCAGCGUCUUUAAAAAGUUUGAAAAGGAGAACAUCUUCCAGAUGACGUGCGCCGACAUUGUCGAGCGCUUCCAGCUCACCCUGAUGCUCACCGCCAUCGGGCUGCGCAACCUCAUCGAGCUCUCGGGCGGCGGCGGCGGCGGCGGCGAGGGCGGCGUGGCGGCCGCCAGUCCGCUGCCCGCCAGCUUCACCGUCUUCCCCAGCCUGAGCCUGCUCGAGACGGUGCUGACGCCGCUGUGCAUCGUGCUGGCGAGCGAGUGCGCCGUCGACUGGCUCAAGCACGCCUUCAUCACCAAGUUCAACCACAUCCGGCCCGCCGUCUACGGGCGCUUCGUCGACGUCCUCUGCCGCGACCUCGUCGUGGGCGGACCCAACCAGCGCAACCGCAAGCACACGUUUGUCGACCAGAGCCCCAUUGUGCUCGACAUGGUCGGCGACACGAGCCACAUUGACGAGUGCGCCCUCCCGCCCGCCGCCGGCGCUGCGGCGCGCAACCUCAGCCUGGUCGGGUCGGCAGCCAGCCGCUUCAUGUCGGUCGACGUCGACAGCACGACGGUGCGCUGGCUCGACAUGGUCGUCCGCGCCUCGACCUGGACCUUGAUCCUGGUCAUCGCCUGGACCUUCCUCGUGGCCGUCAAGCUGCUCCUCGGCGCCUACCUGGUCAGCUACGCCUCGCACCGGUACGCAACGAUGCACCAGCGCGAGAUUGAGGAAAACCUCAACAGCAAGGACCGCGCACCGAUCGGCGUCGACAAGGACGAACUGUCGUACGACAAGAAGCUGGUCCAGCUCGUCGACCGAUCCGACGACAACGCCAUCCAGAUCAUGCUGGAUGGCAGACACGUCUCACCCUCGCCCUCCUCGGCCGCUGCGGGUGGAAAGGACAAAAAGACGGGCUCGCUGAUGGACGUCAGUCGAUACACCAUGGUCCGGUCCCGGAUCUGGUAG